AUGGCCGACCUCACUUCUGCGCGCAACCACAUCCAAGUUGCAACAGACUCUAACGCCGAGUCCUUGCGACAGCUCAACCUAGGGAUUCAUGGCCAUCCAGAGACCGCCCACGAGGAAGUCCAUGCACACGACACCUUGACCAGCUUUCUUGAGACCCGUGGAUUCAACGUAACGAGACAUGCGUACGGCCUUUCAACCGCUUUCGAAGCCGAGCUGGGAACGUCCGGCCCUAUCGUCAUCUUUUGCGCCGAAUACGACGCACUACCUGGCAUUGGACGCGCUUGCGGUCACAACCUGAUCGCCACGUCUUCGAUGGCCGCGUUCCUUGGCCUCGCGAAUUCAGUCAAGCAAUUGGAAGUACCCGGACGAGUCCGCAUCCUCGGCACUCCAGCGGAAGAGGCACACGGAGGGAAGAUACAGCUUAUCGACGCCGGGGCCUUUCACGACCCGGCGAUCGUGGCUGCCAUCAUGGUGCACCCCACCGCGCAGCGCAGUAUCCCAGAGGGAUACCAAGGCGUCGCUGGAUGGGAAUCAAUUGCGAAUGCUCUCAUCCAGGUUGAGUUCCACGGCAAGGGUGCCCAUGCAGGAGGGGAUCCAUGGAACGGGGUGAGUGCCCUAGACGCAGCAGUGUCGGCGUACAACAGUCUCGCCAUGCUACGACAGCACAUCAGACCAGACGAACGUAUCCAUAGGAUUAUUGAGGACGGUGGAAAAAGUAUCCGGGGUCGAACAGCUGCGCGCACAGACGAGCUUCUUGCGCGAGCCAAGGCAUGCUUUGAAGCGGCUGGGGUAUCCACUGGAUGCAGUGUCAGCUAUACUAUGGAGCCGAUGUACAAGGAUAUCGUCGUCAAUGACCCAUUCUGUCAGAUAUACACGGAGGAGAUAGCGGCUUUGGGACGAAAAGUACAAUUGAAGUCAGACGGACCUACCACUGUCUCGACUGACAUGGGCAAUGUCUCCUACGCUGUCCCGAGCUUCCACGGUGUCUUCGGCAUUCCCACGCCUGACGGCGUGCCGCCUCAUCACGCCGGUUUCGCCAAAGCAGCAGGGUUAGAAGAGGCUCACCACGAGGCCAUAAUAUGUGGGAAAGCAAUGGCUAUGCUUGGAUGGAGGUUAUUGACUAGAUCAUAA